ACCAGUUCAGUUUACACAAACGUCAAACUGGGAAAGGGACACAGUGUCUGUCUUACGAACAGUUUCGAAUCGUAGUACCCUAAAGCAAAGUAUAAUUUUACAUGCUGCAUGCGCACGCUUAUUAUGGACUGUAUUUUAUGAUUUUUAACAUAACGAACCAUUAGACGCGUCCUCGCCUCGAGCCUAAUUAUAACCCGAGCUCGAGUAUCUCUUGAGCUGGACACAGCGCGCCCGGACUGGCCAUUGACAACUUCUCUGCGUCCACUGGAUAAAAGAAAAACCGCACGAAACUUCAGAUUUCAAACACACUAAGGUUUCUCAUCUAUGCCUCUCCCUCCACCCCCUCCUCCACCUCCCCCAGCACCCCCACCUCCACCUGCUUCAGCUCCUGCACAGUCACGGACAGAUCCUCCUAAAGUUCCGCGUUCUGUAGAAGGAGGUCGCAAUGCACUAUUGGGGGACAUUCAGAAGGGGGCGAGGCUGAAAAAGGUCAUACAAGUCAACGAUCGAAGUGCCCCUGUACUUGACAAGCCUAAAGUGAGUGGUGUGGAUGAUAAUGGAAGACAUGGGGCUCCAAGCACGUCAGGUUCUGCUCCACCUACAAUUGGGCCAAGUCUGGGUGGACUGUUUGCUGGGGGAUUUCCUGUCCUCAAACCAGUUGGACAAAGAGACAAACGGCCACAGCACAACUCGGUGUCUCGUUCGGGCUCUUCCGCUAGCCUGAAACAGCCUCUCUGGAACCCUCCAUCACAAGGAGAUGGUUUUAGAGGAAGCGCCCCUGAUUUGUCCCCUUCCCGCAAACCGUUGGAAAGAACCGCCUCUUUGCCUAAAGCUCGGCCCCUUUCCUCAUACACGGCCCCGCCAUCCCCCUGCCAAACUGCACAUCCUGAUUUCAAACUGUCCUCCACACCACCAUCUUCUGCUCCACCCCCUCCUCCUCUUCAUUUUAGACCGCAAGAGCGACCAAGUCAUAAACCCCCACCACUCCCCACCGGCCCGCCACCACCCCCGCCUCCUCAAAUGGCCAAACCCACAUGGUUACCUGUCCAAUCACACUCCAUUCCUAUGCCCACAACUCCGCCUCCUCCACUGCCUCCUUCCAUCCCAACUUCCUCACUGCCUGACAGAUCAUCGGGGUUCUUUUACCCUCCACCCCCUCCACCGCCUCCGUCAAUACCACCAUCCUCACUCCCCGACAGAUCAUCUGGGGUAUUCUAUCCUCCACCCCCUCCCUCGGUUCCUCCAUCCUCGGUCCCUAAACGGUCAUCUGGAGUUUUCUGUUCUCCGCCUCCUUCUCCAGGCAUGUUAGAAAUGAAUAAAAGUCAUUUAGGCCCUCCACCUCCUCCUCUUCCUGCUUCUUUUUCAUCAGGCCACCCCUCCUCAGCACCACCCCCACUACCUCCAAAAGUACCUCCCAUGCCCUCACCGGCAUACAGGCCCAGCGUACCACCUUUGCCGCCUUCUUAUCCGUGUACCGCCCCCAGCAGACGACCCCCUGCGGUGCCACGGAGUGCAGGUGCUCCGCGGUUGGCUCCACCUCCUGUCCCGCCAGCUCGAUCUCCUACCACUGAGCUUUCCAGUAGGAUCCCUCCCCCUCCUCCUCUUCCGCUUUUAGCUCCGCCUAAUUUAGUACGGAACGGACAUCUGCAUAGUUUAGAUGACUUUGAAUCAAAGUUUCAUUUCCAUCCCAUUGAGGACUUCCCUCCUCCUGAAGAGUUCAGGCCCUUCCCACGUAUCUACCCCAGCAAAGAGAACAGAGUCAACCCACAACCUCCUCCCACGAGAACUCAUUUAAGAUGAAAUGUGACAAUACCAUUUUUGGUGCUAACUUUUACCAGGACAUCUCUGAUUCAAAAUCCCAUCAUCAGCGCAGAACAGCAUCUUAAAAUUGGUUAUAUCAACUCAACUCAAAAAAACAUCUUUUAAUGUAAAAUGAACAUGAACUUGUUUCACCUUUUGUUUCAUUUUUUUUAAUUUGUUUGUAAUAUUGUAUGAGUUUCAGUAACAAACGUUUUUAAAUAAUUUUGCUUUUCAUAGCUGACCAAAUGUAAUUAGCUGCCUAGAAUUAUUUUAAGUAACAGUUACUAACCAGUAACAGAGUGUAAAUAAGAAAAAUAAGAAAAGGUGGAUCUAAAAAAUAAGGUUAAAGAGCAGCAAGUAAUACUUAAUCUUAAAAGUCUGACAUUUUUUUUCAAAAAGGAAAGAAAGCAAACCAAUACCAGUAAAAUCUCGGAAUCUGUAUAAAAUGAACUUGUUUGAAUCUGGUGUACUUUGUUUUGUAAAUGGUAAAUGAAAAAUUUCUGAAACUAACAAGAAUGGGUUAUGCAUGUUUUUUUAUAUCAUUCAUAUUUUUUUCACCCCCCCAACAUUCUGUGAAUUUCUUCAAUCACUGUUUUUGAAAUUUGUUUCAGGUUUUGAUGCUGUGCAUUUUAUAAUUUUGUACAAAAAAAAGAGAGACUGAGAAACAGCGCCACCAGCUGGAAUUCACAUGCUUGCAGUUUAUUGCUAUGAGUGAAUACAUUUUCUAACCAAGGUAAACAUUGCAAGACAUUCCCCUUUCUUUGAAAAAGAUAACUAACAAGGUAUCAUUUCAUAAAAUAUUAGACACAAUUAAAUAAAUAAAAAUAAAUAAAUACAAUGAUCUAGCAUUUCUUUACAAGGCAUGAACCUGUAAAAUAUUCUAGUCGUUUGUUCCUAAGGAAAAACACAUAAUACAUACAUAAUGUAAACAUGCUCAAACUUACUCAUGCGUUUAUAAUAGCAAUUAAAUAAUUUGAUUUUAAUAUACAUAUUAUACAUUCAUUAAAAUCAUGCCUUUUCAUGAUCUCCAUAAUGCAGUUCCUUACUUAAACAUUCAUCAAGAAGCUGCCAUUAAUUCACCCUAUCAUAAAAGAGCAGAUACUGUAUAGUGCAGAACAGAAAAACAGACCCAAAUCUUCCCUCUUCUGAUUCCCUUAAUACUGUUGAUCUCAGCAGGCUAUAUCUGUGUGUGCACACUGCACAGUGAGAUCGAAAAGCCAGAAGUCAAUGAUCAAUUUCAAGUUUCAGAUUAAAGUCAAAUUGAGAUAGAAAUCUUUUGGGAAAAUGCUGCAUUUUCAAUAGUCAUCCAAAACCUUUGAACCUCACUGUUUGUUGUCGAUGUGAAAGUGUAAAUAUUUG